AUGAAUCGCUCACGAUCUGGCUCUGCAACCUCCAACACCAGCAAAGAGCUCCCCGCUGAUAACAUGGCUAUUCAGGUGCAAAUCAGCGACGAAAAGACAAUCAAAUUGAAUGUCCGGCCCGUUCACACCGUCUCCAACGUCCUGGAAUUCCUCUCUGCCUCCACGAAUCUACCAGCGAACGUUCAGCUCAUGCUUGACGGGAAACCUCUGGAACCAUCAACCACGGUGGGAGAGCUCAAGCUCCAAGAAUCAUCAACACUCAAGCUAUCUUCGCCACCACGAAGUACAACUCCAACUGAUCCGUCACAACCAUCACCUCCUGCGCUGCCAACGGAUCUGAGCACCGCUCAACCCUCAGCGUCUACGUCAGCGUCAUCAACACCGAUACCUUCGGGUGCGGCAACACCCACAAAGAGGAAGUCAAACAAACCCAGGUGUUCCAAAGACGGAUGCAAAUCGCCAGCUCAGCCGAUUGUGGGAGACUGUGGUUUUUGCCAGAAGCGUUUCUGCGGAAAGCACCGUAUGCUGGAGUCUCACAACUGCGAAGGGCUUGAGGACGCCAGAAAAGCAGACAAGGAUCGCAAUGCGGCCAAGUUAGAAGGAGAGCGGACCGUCAUGCUUCGCGGCCUCUAG